AGCGCGGCGCACAGGCGCACAGCGGGCUCGACAGCGGGCUGAACGCAGCACCAUGGCGGGGCCCACGGACCUCCGGCACGGCGGCCUCCGCUACGCCACGACGCGCCUCAACGUCCUCCUCGGCGUCCUGCAGCUCCUGCUGGGUCACCUGCAGCGCGGGGAGGCCACCCUGCAAGCUCUGGCUCAGGUGUCCAGUGUGGUCGAGGUGUGGGAGGCCGAAGAAGUGGACCUGCUGCUUCCUACACAGGGGGAGGAAGAACAAGGAACAGAGAAUCUUCCGCACGAAGAAAGCUCUCUGUUUGACCUGCAGGACAGCAGGAGUUCUUUGUCCUUCCAGCCACCUGCACUAGAAUUUGGAGCACAGACACUGGGGCUGCCAAGAGCUGAAACCAUAUACAUACACAAUCCCAGCCAAGAGCUGCCAGUGACGUUAUUAUCAGUGUUUACGUCCAGUAGACAUUUUCACGUACCGUCGUUCCACAGAAGGGUGAUACCACCCAGGGGGAAGACUUCACUAAAGCUCAUUUUCUUUCCUACAGAGGAGGGAAGUGUAGAAAAUACAUUAUUUAUAAACACCACAUCUCAUGGGGUGCUCUCAUACCAGGUGUCUGGAAUCGGAGUUGACCAUGGUGAUAUCCAGAACAAGGACAGCGUCCUGGUGUUCCCACACAUACAAAGCAUUAAGCUCACGCAAACUCAGGGCGACGCCUCCAAUGUCACCAUCCUGGGACUGCUGCUGGAGUCUUCUCUCCCUAACAGCUAUGAACAUCAGCCUCAGGGCUCCUGCUUUCACACGGAGGAGAAGCUGGUGGUACAGAUCAGCCUUUCAGAGAGAGGGGAAAAGCAUACGGACCUGGAGAGGCUCAAGCCCUACGUCAUCGAGAACAUCAUGGUGCUCUUCGCCAUCCCAUCCGGCACUAGUGCGCUGAGAAUACCAAAGUUAAAUAUAUACAUGUUGAAUUCAGGAGUAAAAAAGUUGUUUGUGAAGGAUAUACAGCUUUUUUCCAAAGUGGAAAGCACCAUAGAGUUCAAACAGGUUUUGUUGAGAGCCUCCACCACCAACUUCACCCAAGUGGCUUCGUUAGUCUGCAAAGGGCCCUUUCCUGAUCAUGGAAAGAAGUGCUUCAGACAGAUUAGCCUUCAGAUCUUGGGGAACUACACAGUAAAGAUCUACCCUGCCUUCGGCAUUCUGCACAGGAGUUUGGAGGACGACUCUCCUGUCCUGUUUCAUGUAAAACAGAAUGGGGGGGACCAUGUGGAUCUCUGGAUUACCAACCGGUUAAACUUCUGCUUCACUGUGAACCGCCUCAUCAUUGGGCAGGAAAUGGGCGGCCUGCUACAAGUGGUGAACUUCAGCAGCCCCAUGGUGCUGCCUCCUGGGUGCUGGAAGCUCUGCUCCCUGGAGCUCGUCAACCGAACGCUGCCCGUGAACAUCGUCACCACCUUGGUCCUGGGCAUAAACGUGGGCUUCUCACUGGAGCUGCCACUCCACUUUCACUCCUCCGCAGCCAAGCAGGGGGACGUGUUCUUUGAGGCCAGUGGGGAUUGUGGGCGUCCCUGCAAGCUGAGACUUUCCAAAUCAGGGCGUACUCUCUGGCAGCGCCACUUCCUGGAUCCCUUUCCCUCCUGGAAGACAGACAACAGUUUGGCAUCAGAGCUCUGUGCCCGAUGGCGCAGCCACAAGCAUCAACUCACCUGCAGCUGGCCCCGCUUGCCAGUGGAAACAGCCAUGCCACUAGACUUUGGAGCCAGUCCGGUCAACGAAAGUAAGGUUAAGUACUUCACGCUGAAGAACCCUUCUUCCCAUCCUGUUUCCGUGGAGCUGCGGCCUCUCUCCUCCUACUCCUCUCCUUUGGAAGCUCUUGACCUGCUCACCAAAUGGUUCAAUAUUAGCCCUCUGUCGGUCAACGUCACUACAACUGAGUUUACUGUGCUGAAAACAGGUGAUCGGCAGAGGAACAUAGAUGGGGUGGUGCAUCUGCUCCUGCAGCCACUAGAGACCAAGGAAGUGGGUUUGGUGUUCACUCCCAUGGAGCACAAAUCUGUCACCUCCCUCAUCCUCAUCAGGAACAACCUGACGGUGUUUGAUGUGAUGAUGGUGAAGGGCCAUGGAGCGAGGGAGCUGCUGCGGGUUGGUGGCAAGUUGCCGGGCCCUGGGGCCUCGCUGCGCUUCAAUGUGCCCCAGUCCACACUGAUGGAGUGCAGAGAUGGCCUCAGGAGCAACAAGCCUCUGUUUGCUAUCCGGAAGAGCUUCAAAGUAGAGAAUGCGGGGGAACUUCCCCUCACUGUUGAGUCGAUGAAUAUCAAUGGCUACAAGUGCCAGGGAUUUGGGUUUGAAGUGCUGCAGUGCCGCUCUUUCCAGCUGGAAUAUAACUCCUCUUCAGAGAUCAACAUUGUUUUCACCCCAGAUUUCACUUCCUCCUGGGUGAUCCGGGACCUGACUCUGGUGACAGCGCGUGGUUCUUCUUUCCCAUUCACGCUCAAUGUGACACUUCCCCACCACAUGCUGGCACUCUGUGCCCAAGUGGUUCCUGGUCCCAGCUGGGAGGAGACUUUCUGGCUUGUCACCAUUGUCUUCACCUGUUUUUCUCUGGGCGGGGUCUGUCUGAUGGCUUUCCAUCAAGCUCAGUACAUCCUGACAGAUUUCUCGUCCCCGGGCUCACGAAGCAACCACAACCACAGCUCCACCCUGCCUCGAGAGAACAGCACCGUGAACACUGCAAGCCCCAGCUCAGCCAAUAAAAUGAAAGGCAGCUGUAAGAUGUUCGUGGACACUGGCAAUACUUCGGACAAAGGCAAGGGGAAGGGCUCUCUGGCUGUUGCCAACACGCCCGUUCGAAGCCACGCCUCUUCCAAGAAGGGAGCUGGGGUUACUUCCCAGCCUCAGAAGAAGCACAAGGUCUCCAUUUACUACAGUAAAUACAAGAUCAGCUCAUCCGUGUCUGCUGCAGCCGUGGCUCCUUCAUUGCAGCAGGAGCAGGAGGAGCCAAUCCCAGAGAAAGGGUUCGAGCAGGACCCUGACACCUGCAGCAACACCACCACCACUGGCAGUGGUGGUUUCUCAGAGGCUCCCGCCGCAGUGGAAAAGAGCCCACCCUUCCAGGAAUCUUCCCACGCCAUCUCUGAGGACAAGGAGCUGGCUCCUGUUAUGUUUCCCAUGGAAACGCAAUCCAGCUUCCCAGAGGGUAUGACCCUUGUCCCUAGUGGACAGCCUGGUCUGCUCAUGUGCAGCCCUGCCAAGAAGGCCAGCAGAGAACGAGCCCCGCCCCCUGAGAAGGAGUCCGCAAGGAGGGAUCUGCUGGUGUCAGAGCAAAGUGUGCACAUGCAGAGAGCGCAGCCUGAGAAUACAGAGCUGGCGGCAGCAGACUGCAGUGGCAGAGGGAAAAAGAGCAUGGGGAAGGGCCGCAAGAAGCCAGGCGAAGCUGUGACUGGACUUCCAGAGCAAAGAACAGUCGUGUCGCCGGAGAAGGGUCGUGAUGUGGAGUGGAGGGAGAGCAGGAAUACAAAUCGUGUCCGGAGUCGCUGCCUCAGCGAAAAGCUGGAUGAACCCAAGUCAGGGUCCAGCGCAGACAGCUUCCCUAAACAGCUUCAGAAUGGUGUGUGCCCAACCCGACCGCGCCGUAAAGUCACAGAGCGACGGCCGCAGUGGGAGUCGGGCUCUGACUCGGGGAGCUCAUCAGGAAGUGUUCGGGCCAGCCGAGGUAGCUGGGGCAGCUGGAGCAGUGCCAGUAGCGUGGAAGGUGACAAGGAUGCCAGCGGAAGGCAGCACUGCAACGCUACGGCCAGGAAAAGGGACCACAUUCCGUACAGCACGUACUCGGCCGAAAGGGAGUGUUACCUGACGCUGAACUCUGGCUAUAAAAAUCAGAGCUUACAGAACUCGAACAGGAAGGAGCCUAGCCAGGCCCCCGACCCCGGAGCGGCUCCAGCUUUUAGCCCCAGCUUCGCCGCCGUUGCUGCUGGAGCGGACAGGUGUGCAGACGUGGCCACUGCAUACCUAAGAGAUGACAAGUGGUCCGCCCCCUCGGUUCCUCUCACCAACGAGUUCAGAUACAACACGCCGGAGUCGAUGCCUUUAGUCUCUCAAGGAGCCUCGUCUGGCUUGUACAAUGGGUUUCCUUGGGGUUUUGUCAACAACCAGUGUGCGAGCUCGUACCCAUACUGUGGGCAGACUAGCUACGUGCCAGGCAAUCCACAUCUUCAGAACAGUUUUCAUUGUCAAGAAAACCAAAGUGAGGCCUACCAGCACCAGGCUGGAUGGAAUGAGGAAAACAGCCAGGACAUGCAGUCAACAUGGGACAUGGUGGGCUGCAUGGGGAGCAAGCCCUACUUGUCGGGCACCAGAAGCCUUUCCCCCAUGUCCAGCUUGUUCGGCUCCAUCUGGACCCCACAGAGUGAGCUGUACCACAGUUACUUCCAGCCGGAGCGCCAGGUUCCACCAUCUCCAGAGUCCCCCUUCCCCAGGGAACCCAGUGUCGGCGGCAGGCCGAAGCAGUACUCCAGUUUCAACCCAUUUGGCCCCCACAUGAACCUGGACAUUUGGAACUCGUCGUCCAACCGCAGUUCAAACUCCCAGCUGUCCAAUGACUCUGGUUACUGUGGUGACGCCUAAACAAGAAUAUGCUUUUAUUGAUAAUGGGGGGAGGGGGGGGUGUGAAUAAGCCUUUUCAUUUUACCUUUCUCUUCCAAAGUUCAAUGUUUAAAAAUUAAGCGUUUGUUGUAUAUUUUUCUAGAUGUUUUGCAGACGACGCUAGAAAAUUAAAAAAAAAAAAAAAAAAAAAAAAAAA